GAAUGGCAAAGGUUCAAAAAGAAAACAAAUUGAUCGCCCGGCCUCAAUUCCUCUCUCCCUCAGUCCUUUUCCCCCUGGCAGACCUGGCAGACCUCGGGAUCUUGUGAUUGCUCACCGCAAAGGCCUUUUGAUUCGCCUUGCGCCGAGCUUCCCCAUACAUCCGUUGGCGAUCAAACCCUUCCCUCCCCCCAACGUUGGUCUCAGGUGGGCCCUUCAUAUAAGAAAAAAAGCUCCCCCAUCCCUAGCCCUUUCUUCUGCUUCUCAAUCUUUCUUUCACCCCCUCCUCCACACAUUCACAUUUUCGACACCAUGUCGACCAAGGCUGAGUCCUCUCGCCCUCGGGCGGCGGACACUAAGAAGGUCCAUAUUGCCGAUACCGCCAUGACUCGCAACAACUGGUACAAGCACGUCAACUGGUUGAACGUUUUCCUCAUUCUCGGCAUCCCGGUCUAUGGCUGCAUCCAGUCCAUUUGGGUGCCACUCCAGCUCAAGACUGCCAUCUGGGCUGUUGUGUACUAUUUCUUCACUGGUCUGGGCAUCACUGCAGGAUACCACCGUCUCUGGGCUCACUGCUCUUACUCUGCAACUCUGCCUCUGCGCAUCUGGCUCGCCCUUGUUGGUGGUGGUGCCGUUGAGGGCUCCAUUCGCUGGUGGGCUCGCGGCCACCGUGCUCACCACCGAUACACCGAUACCGAGAAGGACCCCUACUCCGUCCGCAAGGGUUUCUGGUACUCCCACCUCGGCUGGAUGGUCAUGAAGCAGAACCCUAAGCGUAUUGGCCGUACCGACAUCUCCGACCUGAACGAGGACCCCGUCGUUAUCUGGCAGCACCGUCACUACCUGAAGGUCGUCUUCGGUAUGGGUCUGAUCGUCCCCAUGCUCGUCGCUGGUCUCGGCUGGGGUGAUUGGUUCGGUGGCUUCGUGUAUGCCGGUAUCCUGCGCAUCUUCUUCGUCCAGCAGGCCACCUUCUGCGUCAACUCUCUGGCUCACUGGCUCGGUGACCAGCCCUUCGAUGACCGCAACUCUCCCCGUGACCACGUCAUCACUGCUCUCGUCACUCUCGGUGAGGGAUACCACAACUUCCACCACGAGUUCCCCUCGGACUACCGCAACGCCAUUGAGUGGCACCAGUAUGACCCCACCAAGUGGACCAUCUGGACCUGGAAGCAGCUCGGCCUCGCCUAUGAUCUCAAGCAGUUCCGUGCCAACGAGAUCGAGAAGGGCCGUGUCCAGCAGCUCCAGAAGAAGAUCGACCAAAAGCGUGCCCGUCUCGACUGGGGUACUCCCCUCGACCAGCUCCCCGUUAUGGAGUGGGACGACUAUGUCGAGCAGUCCAAGAACGGCCGCGGCCUGGUUGCCAUUGCCGGUGUUGUCCACGACGUGACCGACUUCAUCAAGGACCACCCCGGUGGCAAGGCCAUGAUCAGCUCUGGUAUUGGCAAGGAUGCCACCGCCAUGUUCAACGGUGGUAUCUACUACCACUCCAACGCUGCCCACAACCUGCUGUCCACCAUGCGUGUUGGUGUCAUCCGUGGUGGUUGUGAAGUCGAGAUCUGGAAGCGCAGCCACAAGGAGAACUCCGAGUAUGUUCGUGACGAGAUGGGUCAGCGCGUCAUCCGUGCUGGCCAGCAGGUCACCAAGAUCCCCGAGCCCAUCCCCACUGCGGAUGCCGCUUAGCUUUUUCUGUGACGUCCUUUCUGUUUUGCUCUAGACGACAUCCUUUGCAUUCUCGUGGGCCUUGGGGGUUGUGGUGUUCAUCAGGCGUCUUCAUGUGCUCUGUCUUUUCCUUUUUGUCAAGAGUGCUUUCUGUCUUUUCCUCUCAUUCUGAAAAGCGAUGGGUCUCUUAAAUAAUCUGUCAUGAACUAGAAACGAACUUAUAUCCAUUCUUUGAUAGCUAUAUCUGUGGUCAGUCAUUAGUAGAUUAGUAGAUCAAGUCAGUAGUCGACCAUCAAGUGAUGGGACCCAAUGGCAGUAGUAGUGCAGUUGUACUCGAUCAUCC